UAGGGUUUACCUUCUGCCCCGAAAGUAGCUCUACAUUUCUCUUGCUCCUGUAGCUGCCGCGAGAAACCAGCCGGACAGAAAGGGCUUAUCUUAUUUUCGCUUCGCAGCCAUGAUUAUUCCAGAGAAGAACCGGAAAGAAAUCUGCAAAUACCUCUUCCAAGAGGGAGUCUGUUACGCAAAGAAGGAUUAUAAUCUCGCGAAGCAUCCAGAGAUUGAUGUUCCCAAUCUGCAAGUGAUUAAGCUAAUGCAGAGCUUCAAAUCCAGGGAAUAUGUGCGUGAGACAUUCGCUUGGAUGCACUACUACUGGUAUCUUACCAAUGAUGGAAUUGAGUUUUUGAGGACUUACCUCAAUCUUCCAUCAGAAAUUGUGCCUGCCACCUUGAAGAAGUCUGCAAAGCCUACUGGCCGCCCUAUGGGUGGCCCUCCUGGUGAUCGUCCAAGGGGCCCACCUCGCUUUGAUGGAGACCGUCCAAGAUUUGGUGACCGUGAAGGAUACCGUGGAGGCCCCCGUGGUGGUGAUUUUGGUGGUGAGAAGGGAGGAGCCCCUGCAGAUUUCCAGCCAUCCUUUAGGGGUGCUGGUGGAAGGCCUGGCUUUGGUCGUGGAGGUGGAGGUGGAGGAUAUGGCGCAGCUCCUUCAGGUUCAGGAUUUCCUUGAAAUGAAGAUCGUUCUCUUAGUUGAAGUUUGUCUCAAAGUUAGUUUCAUGUCUAAGAACAGAUCUAAUGCCUUUAUUGAGUUUUCUAUAGUGUUUUGUAAGCUUUAAAGUAGAAUAUUAGGAGCUUAUUAUGAGAUCUUUAAUUUUGUCCAACCUUGGUUUUUGAUGGAAAUGGAACUCUCAUCAUUAUUUGCAUCAUGUUAUUUCGGGGGUAAUUUGAUGUUUA